AUUAUCUCUUUCCUUGGCAAUCUGUUGUAGAAAUUACAACAAUGGGUAAGGAAUCGUUAUGAUGAAUUAGAUGAAGUUGUAUGUGAGCUCCUCCCUGACAAACAAACUGUAGUCUAGGUAACCGCCUUAUCAGUCAAGUAGGCUAAAAAUCUGUGUCCUUUGAUGUAAGCUUUGAUGUCUCUUUGUGCAUAUGUAGUUAUAAAAAAAAAAAAAAAAAAAAAAGAAACCUUUGACUAGCUAGGAAGAGUAGCAGCAGUAGGCAGCAGUAGUAGUAGCAGUGCAAGCAGGACUAGACUAGAUUAAAAAGUUGGUGGAAAGAAUAACUGACCGUUUGGACGUCACCUGGCUGCCAGACUUUCAUCUGGACUCUUCCCCCUGAGUAGCUGGCCUUUCUCUAAGCCACAAAACUGAGCAAGAAGCUGAAGAAGCAGCUAGACAGAGACAUGUACCUAGCCUUGAGAAUUGGGAGGCGUGGCUCAACUAGUUAGCCCAGCCCAGAGGAAUUGUUACCGUGGGUACUGAACAACCGUAGAAGUAGGGCUACCCCUGGCUUUACUGAAUUAACUAGCUGUGUCUGCUGUCUAGUUGGACCAGAUUUAGCUAGAUAAUGGGGUAGAGAAUAGUUGAGCGGUGCUGUGUGUAGCUUGAACUGUACUGGCUGGCAAGAAUCUAGUAAGCACCCUAUGCACUGAUAACUCGUCAGAAUGGAGGGUAUGUUCUAGGGAUCUGGACAGCUGUACAUCCAAAGGAGCCAGGGAGUGCCAAUCAUCUUCUCCCAGUCUCUGACACGCUAAACAAAAGGAGCUAGAACUGGGAGUCCCAGCUAGAAUUGCUAGCCGGAUCUAGACUAAUAGAAUGACUUGGAGGCGUGGUGAGGCCGGAUCCACACUAAUUGAUCGACCUAAAGACGCUCCUGUUCCAGAUUUCACGAAUGGCAAGGAAAGGGUUAUAGCUCGACAAAGUCCAGCUAGCUAGCUGAGAUAGGUUGCAACUAGAGUUUGAGUACCGUUGAAACAUUUACAAGAUGUCUUCCCUGAUGACUUCCAUCCAGCAAUACCUGCCUGCAGCAGCCAUUAUCCUGUUGCCCAAUCUAGGAGGUGUGCUAGGUGGUCUGCUAACAAAAGAUGCAAUUAGAAAGUGGUACACUAAACUAAAGAUGCCAGCUCUUGCCCCUCCUAAUUGGGUGUUUGGACCUGUUUGGACCUCCAUCUAUGCCUGCAUGGGAGUGUCCUCUUAUUUGAUCUUCAAGGAUGGAGGAUUUGCUGCUCAAGCACUUCCAUUGAGUGUAUUUGGGGCUCAGCUUUUACUUAACUGGAUUUGGAGCCCUAUUUUUUUCGGUUGGCAUCGGAUUGAUUUGGCUCUGGUGGACAUUGUUGCCCUGUGGGGCAGUAUAGUGGCCACCAUGGUGGUGUUCCACCCCAUCAACCCCACAGCUGCACUGCUCCUUCUACCACAUUUGGGAUGGGUGUCAUUCGCUACCUACCUUAACUUCGAUUUCUGGAGACUGAAUGGAAGAGGAGAUCAAGCAAUCAAAGACAAAGACCAGUGAACGUUGAUCAUGAAUAACUUAUAAAGCAAGGCGUAACUAGAUCUAGAUCUGGAUUUUUGCUGUUAAUCUAUAGAAUCUAAAUCUAGCAGCACCUAUAUACCAUGUAGAUCUACUCAGUAACUCUCUCUACAAUGUAUAUAAAAUUAUUUAUGCACUCUCACAAUAUGCAAUGUGGUUAUUUUGCCAG